AAAUCUGGCUAGCCCUCUCCCCACCCCCAGUCACCUGAAACCUUUCUGUUCCCCAUGACUGCUCCAAAAUGGGAAAUAAGGUUUCACACUAAUUUCUAUAACUUGUCAAAUCCCCAAAGUCUAAUUCUUAUCUAAUUCUUAUCACAAGACCCCUACAUAGAUGGUUCAUUUUAAAUUUCUGUAAGGCAGUGUGCACCUUACAUCUAUCUAUGUACCAGGAAUUGGCAUUCUUCUGGUCCCUGAAAUUAUGAUUCACAGUUCACUACAAAGACACCUUAACUCGGGGUGGGGUGCGGGGUGGAUUAUCACUUCUUGAUUGAAAGCUCCCGGAGAGUAGGGGCUUUUUUUCUGCACAGCGAGCGGCCGCUUCCUGCACACCAGGAAAUCCCCUCCGCCUGCGGGACCCGCCCCGCCCUCCUGCCCACGCGCCUGCUGGGUGGUGCCUGCUCGGGUCCCGACUGCGCCCGCCUCCCCACUCACUAGGAUCUGAUACUCUGCGCCUCCCAGACACCUCUAUUCCCGUCACUACCACCGGCCUCCCCUCGCUCCUGGGCAACGGUGCCCACAACGGCGAUAUGACAGAAUCUAACUGGUUCUCUAUUGUUGGCCAUUUAAAGAUUAUCUCUGUAGCAUAUGAAGUGCUUCACUAGUCAUCUUUCUGCAAAACGUUUCUUAUCAGUACAUGCUCACUGUCAUGGACGCUCUAUCAGAAGCAAACGGCACCUUUGCAUUAAACCUUUUGAAAAAGCUAGGGGAAAACAACUCAAACAACAUAUUUUUUUCACCCAUGAGCAUGUCGUCAGCCUUGGCCAUGGUCUUCAUGGGAGCGAAGGGAAACACUGCAGCCCAGAUGUCUCAGGCACUCUCUUUUAGUAAAAUUGGAGGUGAAGAUGGAGAUAUUCACCAAGGUUUUCAGUCACUUCUUGCUGAAAUUAACAGAACUGGUACUCAGUACUUGCUUAAAACUGCUAACAGGCUCUUCGGAGAAAAGUCUUAUGACUUCCACACAUGUUUUACAGAUUCCUGUGGCAAAUUCUACCAGGCAAAGCUAAAGCAGCUUGAUUUCCUGAAUGAUACAGAGAAGUCCAGAACACACAUAAAUAACUGGAUUGCUGAAAAAACUGAAGGCAAAAUUACAGAGAUGCUCUCUCCAGAUUCAGUUGAUUCAUUGACUAAGCUGAUUCUCGUGAAUGCCAUCUACUUCAAAGGAAACUGGGAAAGUCAGUUUGUGAAAGAGAUGACCAGGGAAAUGCCUUUUAAAAUUAGCAAGAACAAAGAAAAACCUGUGCAAAUGAUGUUUAAGGAAUCCAUCUUUAAAAUGACCUAUGUAAGGAAAAUAUCCAGCCAAAUUCUAGUGCUUCCCUAUGUUGGAAAGGAACUGAAUAUGAUCAUUUUGCUUCCCAAUGAAAACACUGAUUUGAAAAUGGUGGAGAAAAAACUUUCUUAUGAGAGAUUCAUAGAAUGGACAAACCCAGACAACAUGCAUGAACGAGAGAUGGAAGUUUUCCUUCCUAGAUUUAAACUAGAGGAAACUUACAACAUGGAGGACGUCCUUCGCAGUAUGGGCAUGGUCGAUGCCUUUGAACAGGACAGGGCAGACUUCUCAGGAAUGUCAUCUAAGAAGGAUCUGUACUUGUCCAAGGUCAUGCACAAGUCCUUUGUGGAGGUCAAUGAGGAAGGUACAGAAGCAGCAGCAGCUACCACCGAAGAAAUAGUUUUAUGUUGUGCCAGUUACUCCCUCAGGUUCUGUGCAGACCAUCCCUUCCUUUUCUUCAUCCAGCACAGCAAAACCAAUGGUAUUCUCUUCUGUGGCCGGUUUUCCUCUCCAUAAGGACAUAGGUAGUCAUUGGAUAUAGUCCUUCUCUUUUCUCUUAGUGACCUACAUUUCCUCCACUCUUUAUAGUGUGCCUGUGACCCAAAGUGACUUUAUAAUUGCAGCAGUCAAAAAUGAGAUGUUAGGAAUCUAAUUUUGAAAUUUCUUGUUGAGAACCCUUAUGUGUGUGUUUGCAUGUUAAAUGUUUUCUAGGGUCUGAACUUGUCUCCAAGGAUUUUGUGGUCACUUUGCAGGUGGUAUCAAUGACCACUUAGUCAAACCCCUCUGCUUGAAAUGAGGUGUAACCCUCUCCCCACUGCCCACAUCAACAUAUUCCAACUGUCAGAGUUAUCUGCUAUCUCUUCACUUUGUAUAUGGUGCCACCCUCACAGAAUGCUAUCCUUCUGUUUUCCCAAACACAAGAAGAUACAUGUUAUUUUCUGUCUUCUCUGUUCAAUAGUAUUGACAAAUGUGGGCCCAUUUUUAAUGGAACAAUAGAAA